AUAUCUUCUGUUUCUUCUCAGGAUCAAACUUACUAAAACAUGUGCAUGUGGUGGGUUUUAGCAAAUCUGUAUUCUUUAGAUUAAAAUAAUAGCAUAAUACAAAUUCAUAACCCCUAUUUGAGUUGGCACAACUCACCAAUGUUGAAGCAGAGGGAGGAGAUAAAGAAGACAACUGGGAACGAGCCAGCAGGCCAUGGUGAAUCUGAGUGGCGUCGAGCUGUGAUCCGUCCACUGCUGAGAGCGGGAGGUGAACGCUGCUCUGUGAAACCAGCCUCACGCAUUGCCCUCCACUGCAGGAACCGCCUGAGCCAAGCCUUCGCUCAACUCACACGGAUCACUCACAGCUUGGACUGGGCAGCCCGGAACAAUGCCACAACAGAUCCGGCCUGUGGACCGAGCCAGUGUUCCACCAACUUAUUGUCCCCACUUGGGUCACAAGCCCUCGCUAUUGAGCUCGACGUGUCAAGAUUGGAAUUUGAAUCUGAAGUAAGAUUCAGAAGCUUGGUGAUGUAUCUUCAGAUUGUCAACAACCCAUCUCAUGGCUUAGGUCAUGUAUGCUACUCUAGUCGGGUUUCGUGUAGGGUAAGACUGAGUCGUGUCCUUGCCAUGCCACCGUCUUCAGUCCUCUUGCAUAUGGACGAAAGCAAUGAUCUUCCCAAGCCCAAGAAGGGUUUUUGUCUGAGUGAAGAUUCGAAAAACAGUUUAAACAGUCUUUCUGCAGAUUCUUUGCUUAGGCAUGCUAACACAGUGGGGAUUAUUGGAGGCGUUUCAACUGAUUCCACUCUGAAGUUUGUGAAGAAACUCGUGGAUUGGAGCUCAAAUGAUGGUAAAAGCUCGUUACCCUUUGUGCUAUGCUCGGAUCCUGCACUCAACAAGGAGCUUCUCUUAUACGAGGAAAACUCGUAUCCUUCUCUUUACCAUAGAGCAGAGAGUACUCCGGUGGAUCCAAAGCUAAUUGUGGAAAAUCUAAGGAAUAAGAGAAGAUAUCUUGAGAAAUGUGGAGCUAAAUUAAUCUUAAUGCCCUGUCAUAUUGCACAUAUAUGGUAUGACGAGGUUUGUGAAGGGAGUUCAGUUCCUGUGCUUCACAUGGGUGAAUGCAUUGCUAAAGAGCUGCAAGAGGCAAAAAUGAAGCCCCUUGAAGCAGGGAAUCCUCUGCGUGUGGGUGUGAUGGCCACUAGUGCCACGUUAUCCGCAGGGUUCUACCAGGAGAAACUCCAAAGCAAUGGAUUUGAGGCGGUGCUUCCAGACAAGGCGACAAUGGAGCACACAGUAAUCCCAUCCAUAGAAGCAAUGAAGAGAGAAGACAUGGAAGGAGCACAGAACCUUCUGAGGAUAGCGUUGCAGGUACUGCUAGUGCAGGCGGUAAACGUGGUGAUGCUCGGGUCAGAUGAGAUGCGGGACCUCUUGCCAGGGGAUGAUCCUCUGCUGAAGAAGUGUGUUGAUCCAAUGGAUGCACUCGCAAGGUCUGCCAUCAAAUGGGCAGAGAAUCAAUGCUCUUAAGGGAGUUUGUGUGUAUAUAUGUGAAUAGAAAUAUAGCUCGGCUGGGGUG